AUGAAGAAACUUAAUACUAAUGAAAAAAAACGUAAACUUGUUUCGGAUUAUUUUAAAGUACAGAAUAAAAUUACCAAAAUUGACAAAACCGACGAAACUGAAGAAACAAAAGAUAACUCCGGUCUUAAACCAGAAACAACACAACCAGAACAUAUUAUGUCGGUAAAUAUUGACUUAAAUAAUGUAAAUAAAUUUGAUAUUGGUAAUUUUAUUGACAAAUCAUAUGAAUUUAAGAGUAAUGAGGAUAAAUUGGAAAUUUUGAACAACAUUUGGGUACCAGAAAGUAAUUAUAUAUUUCCUAAAGUAGGAAACCGAAAUUUAAAAUUUCAAUAUCAGUGGUUGCAAAAAUGGCAUUGGUUGGCUUAUUCAUCUUUGUUAAACGGUGCAUUGUGUAAGUUUUGUGUGCUUUUUUCUAGAAAAAAAGGUGGUAUUGGGGAUCAAGCUCUUGGUGUCCUUUGUACUGUACAAUUUAACUCAUGGAAAAAUGCAAUUGAGAAAUUUAGUUUACAUGAAAUGAAAGAAUACCACAAGAACUGUAUUAUAACAGUUCAAACUUUGAGACACAAUGUUUCAAAAAAUGAUGGCAAUUUUAGAAGUAUUUUAAGAAAUACUUUAAAUCAAAAUAAAGAAUUAUUCGAAAUUCGGUCUAAAGCUAAUAAAAAUGCACAUUAUCUAAGUCCAACAACUCAAAAUGAAAUUAUUAGCAGCUGCCAACUUGUAAUAUUAAACAAAAUCGUAUCAGAUAUUAAUAAAUCACAAUGCUUCUCAAUUUUAGCAGAUGAGACAGCAGAUAUUAGUGGUAUAGAACAAUUUUCUCUUACUACUGGAUCAAAUUUAUCUUUAGUUAUAAUUGAUACCCUAAAAUCAAUUGGAAUAGAUUUAAAAUACUUAAAAGGCCAGGGAUAUGAUGGUGCUGCUUGUAUGUCGGGGAAAUUUAAUGGCGUUCAACAGUUAAUUAAAAACCAUUAUCCCCAAGCUUUGUAUGUACAUUGUAGUGCCCAUAGUUUUAAUUUAGUAGUAUCAACAUCUUGUGACAUGCCCCCUAUUAGAAAUGCUAUGGUAUUACAAAAAACCCAAAUUGACCUAGGUGAAGCUUUAACUUAUGCGACGCAUUUAUCAUCAGAGCUUAAAAAAAUUAGAGAUAAUGCAGAUAAUGAGUUCAAGAUCAUUUUUAAUCAGAUUUUAAAUUUAUCAGAAAAAUAUAAUAUUACAAUUAAAACUCAUAGAUUGUCUAAAAAACAGAUACAUUUCUUCAAAGCAUUGAAGACUGGUUUGUAA